UCAAUUCAUUUCAUUGUCCUAUUUUAAUCCACAAUUUCUAGAGCAAUUGUGGGUGAAAUCAGCCGCGUUUGACAUGCAACUGAAACACGAGUGUCUACAAUUGGAAUAACUUAUUAAAAUAAAUUUGGCGAGCAUGGAUCGCAUGAUGGUGAUGAUAAUAGUGAUGAUGUUAGUGAUGACGUGUUCUAUGGCGGCCAGCAUGUCUCAUGUUACGCAGGUGGCAGGUCCCAUAGCCACCGGCACGCAGCAGGUGGCUGAAUCUAAGGCUUUAGGUGGCUUCAUGGAGGAUAUUGGCUUCCGUAACUUCUUCCAAGAUGUGGGCAUAGAUUCUGCGGCUUCAGCCCCUGAGUACACCAAAGUACUUCCAGCCGCAAGCAACAAUUUUCCAACUUUAGGAAGCUUCCAGUUCGGUGGCCUUGGGCAUCUGGGUGAAAUGACCAAAGAACAAAUGGCCGCGCAGAAAGAACAAGGCUUCAUGCCUGGCAAUCCUUUCGGGUCAUCCUCUAACUUGGCUUCAUCAAACAUCGCUCCUCCUGAUACUUUUAAAAACAGUCAAAGUCUCUUCGGGAGUUCCAGUAAUUCAUUCCAGUUUCCCAAAGAAUUCCACAGUGAAUUUGCCGGCUUCUCUGGAGGUUUCGGGAGCGAUAAGAAAGAAGAAAAAGCCCCCGCAAGAGAGCAGCCCCAGAGAGAGGCAGCCGAGUCGGAGAGAUCCGAAGAACCCAGGAUAUUCGAGGGAUCAAAGGCGUUAAGGAGACCUCAAGGAUCCAGAAGAACUGUGGAUCAUCGGCCUAGAGGACAAGCAGCUUCCAGUUUCCAGCCUCGGUUUGCACAAAGACGACAUGAUUUCCAUGACGAAAGUCCCUUUGGAAGCUCCGGUCUCCAUGCCGCUUCCAGCAAACAGGAGGAGAAGAAAAACAAAGGAAAGUGUGAAAUCGUCAACAAAGAUGGCAUGACGUGUGAGGUCUGCAAUGAUGGACAUGGUGGAUUUUCCGAGCACUGCAGCCACAGCCAAAACAGCGGCAAGGACAGCAAGUUCACCAACUCGCGUCGCCACACCUCUGACGACCUGCUCAAACCUAAGGAAGCCCCUGCGGCCGCCCAAGCUCCCCAGCACGAGAAGGCCCAGCAGCGUCAGGUGACACAGCGCCAGCGACCGUCGCACGGCAGCGACAGCCGACAGCUCGCGCCCCAAGACCGCGGCGUCUUCGACUACUCCGGGCCAAGCUUCGACCACUCACCCUACGCACAAAGCCGUCAAGAUAAAGUCUACGACACGCGAGAUCCCUUCGAAGGAUUCGAUUCCGAGCCAUACGAUCCUUUCGCGCAAGGGAGUAACAGCGAUCCGUACAAGUUUGAAUUCCCCAAAUUUGACGACAUCAACUUCGACUUCGGGACCGACGAUCAGAAGAAAGCUGUAGCAGAGUCUGGACUGCAGGAAGAUCGUAAAGAUUCUGCGGAUCUGAGAUCGGCUCCUGCUCCCGCAUCUUCAACGAGGUCGUCGAGCCACCAGAACGAAGUGCCACAAGAGAAAGAGAAGACUUACCAAGCACCAAACUCCCAGGAUAAUUUCCAGCAACUUGGCAAGAUGGUCGAUCAAUUCGGCAAGAAAAAUAGGAACAACUGCAAGAAGGAAAUUCGCAAGACGAUGACAUGCUACAUCUGCCCCAACAAGCACGGCAAGACAGACGAAGAAUGCAUGUAUGCCAGUAAGGAUCCACACAGCCAACACAUGAUGUACACAGAAGAGAGCUCCUAUGGCAACCCGCAGUAAACGUCACUACACAACCAACACAUAAUGUACACAGAAAUACACUACAUGUGCCCACAUGCAAACUGCACUGAUAUACAUCAAAGUUCUGUGGCAACACCCUGAAUAAACGCCACUAUGAUCUGCAUGGACGAGCGCAACUGUUCCGUGGUGACAAUUUAAUUUGCAUUAGAAGCAUUCAGUGAUAUUAAAAACAGCUAUCGUGAAAUUUAUAAUUACCUUUAGUAGAGAACGAUUUAGUAAUAUAAUGCGACGCGUGUUAUAAUUUCACUGAAAAUGACAAUGAACAUGGCUCUCCAUAACAACUGAAGCUUCUCCCAUUAAGGUUGUUGUGGUAACAGUAAUUACGUGCAGUAAUGACCGUUGCUGCAAAGAUUCACUGGAGUCUCGACGAAUUUCCGAACAAUCAGCAAUGAAAUAAUCGAUUUUCAAAGGUAAAUUUAUAAAAUCAGAUAAUAAUUUUGAUGUAUCUAUCAUGAAACGACCACAUCAAGCAUAUUACUUUCUAAAAUAAAUUACAAAUUUUCAAAAAAAAAAAAUAAAAUCAUUUUUCGCGGGCCAAGAGAAUAACUUUUUUCAGAUUAUGUUUUUGGUUCUUACUUGGGCUCAAUUUUCUACUCUAUUAUUUCCAUUGUUUCUGGGAUAAAGAUUGAUCAAAGUACGAAUAAGAAUACAUUCCAAACAUGAUUACAGAAAAUUUUGAAAAAUCAUUAAGAAUUGAGGAACACCGAAAAAAACAUUUUGGAUGCACCAUGUCAAAGUCUGGCGAAGUUUACUACUCUAUACUCACUGUCUAUAUCUCAUUUAAAUUAAAUCUUGCAAGAAAAAUAAGACCUAAGAAGGCUCCAUGCUUCAUGUAAUCUCAGAUUUUUCAGAGAAUUUCAUACUGACUUCAACUAGUUUCGUGCCUUGGAAAAAUCGAAAAUGCAUUGAAAAAAUUUCUGACUAUUCCGCGCCUAAUUCAAUUUGUACUGAGUCGUAUCAAGCAUUCUAUUCUUCUUUGCUUCCAACUAUGACAUUUUUUACAAAAAAAUUCACUAGUUAAAAAGUUUCUGUCCGGUUCGCAAUUUAAUAAAAUCGACCGUUUAUAAAAUUUUUACCGUGCGAACCACAUUGCAAUCCAAAAUUUGCACGUACAAAUUUAGAUUUUAUUCCUUAGAAGUCACAAUCUUUUAUAUCAUUACGGCUGAUCAAAAAAUGUAUCCAAACACACCACCUGACCAAACAUUUCUAGAAAAAAGUAUGCUUUGUUAUGUAGAUUUAGAUCGUUCUCCUUCUGCGGUGAAUUCAGUUUAUGAGCUUAAAAUAGUGGUUACAAAGACGUCAUUACCACAUUUAUUUUCAAAUUAUUUGAUUUUUAAGUUUUGACUUAUAUUUCAAAUUCAAAUACGCAAUAAAGUACACACCGGUUUUCAAUUAUUCUUUUUAUGCAACCUAAUUCUCGUCAAAACCGCUACUUAUCUCUACUGACCUGCAGUUGUGAUUCAUAUAUGCACUAUACCCUGCACUGUUAUAAUUUUUUGCUGAUGCCACUCUUCCUCUUAAUUUUGUUCAAUCGAAUUUCGUAUCUUUUCUAUGCAAAUUGUGAGCGCAGUUUUGUGUUCAAUAUUGCUGAACUUUAAAUCUAUACAGAUUAUUUUUUAUAUAUCCUGAAAUGACUGUUAUGUAAAAAUUGUGUUAUUUGUUCAUUGUACAUUACACUCACUCAGUACUGUCCUUAAAUUUGUAUAUUUGUACUGCACGCUUAAAUAUAGAAUUAUUAUGCA